AUGGGGCAUAGUCUACUGGAGGCGUUGAACGUGCGAGUGGUGGGCUCCGGCGAGAAGAUCCUCGUCCUCGCCCACGGCUUCGGCACCGAUCAGUCGGCGUGGCAGCGCAUUCUCCCCUUCUUCCGCCACGAUCACCGGAUUGUUCUCUUCGAUCUCGUCUGCGCUGGCACCGUCAACCCCGAUUACUUCGACUUCCGCCGCUACACCUCCCUCGACGCCUACGUCGACGACCUCCUCUGCAUCCUCGACGCCCUCCGCAUCGGCCGUUGCACCUACGUCGGCCACUCCGUCUCCGCCACCAUCGGAAUCCUCGCCUCCAUCAAACGCCCCCAGCUAUUCAACAAGCUCGUCCUCGUCGGCUUCUCCCCUAGAUUCCUGAACGAUCACAAUUACCACGGGGGAUUCGAGCAGGGGGAGAUCGAGCAGGUGUUCUCGGCGAUGGAGGCGAACUACGAGGCGUGGGUGAACGGAUUCGCGCCGCUGGCGGUGGGGGCGGACGUGCCGGAGGCGGUGAGGGAGUUCAGCCGGACGCUGUUCAACAUGAGGCCGGACAUAACUCUGUUCGUGUCUCGGACCGUGUUCAACAGCGACCUCCGCGGCGUGCUAGGGCUGGUGAGGGUGCCGUGCUCCAUAAUCCAGACGGCGAAGGACGUGUCGGUGCCGGCGUCGGUAGCGGCGUACGUGAAGAAUCACCUGGGAGGCCGGAGCACGGUGCACAUGCUGAACAUCGAGGGGCACCUGCCCCACCUGUCCGCCCCCAAUCUGCUGGCGCAGGAGCUCCGGCGAGCGCUGCCUAGAUAAAAAUCCGGAGGAAUAAAUGAGGGACAGUUGGCGAAUAAUUGUGGACUCUAAAUUAAGGGGAUGUUUUCUUUUGGAUAAGGAUUUUGAAUACACAUGUGAUUGUCACCUUUUCUCUAACUUCUUUUUUUUCUUUUUCUUUCGCUUCUUAAUGUUUUUUUUUUGUGAUUGUGAGCUUUAAAGAGUCAUUAUUUCCAUGAGAAAGGAUCCGUCGCCGCAACUUAUCUGGUUUACCUUUUUUUGUUGCGAUUUAAGUUA